GCCAGUUACACCGGCGCAAAACAGAAGCUUGUCCAUGUCUUACAACAAGAGAGUGUAUACCCGUCCGCUGGAACAGGCCGGCGGGAUGAACCCGUCCCCAGCACGGGGCGACCUCACCGGUCAAGCGGGUAACCCGGGACCCGACCCGGUCACUGGGGUGGAUGAGCCGGUACCUGGAAUAGAGCAGCCCGAUAGCGGACAACCUCAGUAUCGGGGUGGAUAUUCGAUGAUUGCACCGAACGCGAGCAAGCGAUCUCAAUUGCAGCUAAUGGCUAACAAGGAACUGGAGGAUCUGAGGCAGUGGAAGGAAACUCACAAACCUGGUUCCCUCAGCUUGACUCCCAUGCGUUUGGGUGGACUUGCUUCAGAGCAAAAAGUAAGACGACAGCAACAAAUAAAUCUCAUGGGGUCGAAGCUCCAGCAAAGAGCUAAAAAAGAAGAACAAGACCGGAAAAAGAAAGAAGCUGAAGAACUCGAGUAUCAGAAAAUGAAGGAUAUUCAGAGAGAAAAAGCUAAUAAACUUGAGGAAAAAAGGAAGCAGGAGGAAAUGCAGAGGAAAGCACAGCAACAAGGCCAAUACCAGCAAACCAUGCAACAUUUCUUUCGUGGGAUAGAAGCCAACAGGUCAUAUCAGCCUCCCAGCUCUGUAGUUUCAACCACAUCAUGGGCCAAAAAAGAAGAACAUGACCGGAAAAAGAAAGAAGCUGAAGAACUCGAGUAUCAGAAAAUGAAGGAUAUUCAGAGGGAUAGAGCUAAUAUACUUGAGGAAAGAAGGAAGCAGGAGGACAUGCAGAGGAAAGCACAGCAGCAAGUUCAGCAACAGCAAACCAUGCAACAUUUCCUAGAUAGGAUAGAUGCCAACAGAUCACGCCCGUCCCCAAGCUCUGCACUUUCAACCACGUCCUGGGACAGGAAUCGCACCUCUUGGGAGGAUCAGAAGGAGGCUGUAAAACAGAAACUACAGGAGACAAAAGAGGAAGGAAUGAUAAAGAGUGAAUACUUGGCAGAGAAGGAAUCCCAGCUGGAAGCUGAACAGCAAAGAAGGCUUCAAGACGAUCAUAGGAGGAAGAAUAAUGCUUUCUUGGACAAUCUUGAAAGAAGGCAACAAUCUGGUGAGAAUUUGCACCACAUCUCACCUUCUUUACCUGAUGAGAAAUUCUUUAGACAUCAGGUAAAGAAGGACACUAGAGAAUACGUUACUGCAUAUCAUGGAGAUGAUGAAGAAGAAUACCUCAAUGAUGCCCUGACUGAUCAUGACGUUUACAGAGGUUCACCUGAAGGUGCUGAUCAAGACUGGGAUUUGAUGAAGCUUUCUUCUUUCUUUCCGGACUACGAAGUAAAGAUUCUGGAGGAACUCUUGGAACAGUGCAAUGGAGAUUAUGCAAGAGUGAUCCAGCUUUUGCAAUAAACAACUCGGAAUCAAGUGGAAUUUGCAAGAUUUUUUAAAUAGUAAAAACAUAAUUCAAGUAGGUUUAAGCAAACUGCAUUGCACCUCAAAGUGGCCCUCCUCCAAAAAGCUUCAGGUUACCACAGUGGUGGCACAUUAAUGAAGCUGGUAGAGCAGCUGCCCCACGACUAGUAAUCUGAGUUCAAUCCUGACUUUCAAUGUUGUCUGUACAGAUUUUGCCUGUUCUCCCCGUAACCUUGUGAGUUUCUCCUUGGUGCUCCAAUUUCCUCCAAUAUGAGGAUUGGUAGGCGAGUUGUCUACUGUAAAUUGGUUAAAGUGUGUAAGGUGAGUGGUGGAAUUUAGAGAUUCACCUAUAAUGAAAUAAGGAAUAAAUGUGUGCGUUUAAAAACAAAUAA